CCCCAACAGCACCUUCAACCUCUCUAUUGAUGCCGCUUCUGUCGCUGUAAUUCAAAGCAGUAUUCCGUCAAGUACCCCAACAACAGUGCCUGCUCUGAAUACUACGGCCAAUGCAAGUACAACGAGUGGAACAAACAACACAUCUACAACCAACACAUCCGCAAUGACACCUUUAACUGUAGCACCUGCAACUUCAGUAACAUCGGCAACUAUUACUGAAGCGCCUGCACGAGUGUUUGUCCUCUCAGCUACUUUGCAACAACCAUUCAUAGAAGAACUCAAUGAUCGGACCAGCCAGCAAUUCAGGAAUCUCGAGGCAACAGUUGUGACUGCGUGUGAUUCAAUCUACACGACCAGAUUCGGCGUCCUUUUCAUCCGGACCUUUGUCAUUGUGUUCAGACAAGCUCAGGCGGCAGGACAAAUGUCUAAUACGGAAGUAGAGGUCGGCAUUGAAUUCAAUCAAACUGCUUCGCUUGCUGAAAUCCCACGGGCUGAAGACGUUGCAAAGACCUUAGUGGACGCUGUGAAUAACCCCAACAACACCUUCAACCUCUCUAUUGAUGCCGCUUCUGUCGCUGUAAUUCAAAGCAGUAUUCCGUCAAGUACCCCAACAACAGUGCCUGCUCUGAAUACUACGGCCAAUGCAAGUACAACGAGUGGAACAAACAACACAUCUACAACCAACACAUCCGCAAUGACACCUUUAACUGUAGCACCUGCAACUUCAGUAACAUCGGCAACUAUUACUGAAGCGCCUGCACGAGUGUUUGUCCUCUCAGCUACUUUGCAACAACCAUUCAUAGAAGAACUCAAUGAUCGGACCAGCCAGCAAUUCAGGAAUCUCGAGGCAACAGUUGUGACUGCGUGUGAUUCAAUCUACACGACCAGAUUCGGCGUCCUUUUCAUCCGGACCUUUGUCAUUGUGUUCAGACAAGCUCAGGCGGCAGGACAAAUGUCUAAUACUGAAGUAGAAGUCGGCAUUGAGUUCAAUCAAACUGCUCCGGCUGCUGAAAUCCCACGGGCUGAAGACGUUGCAAAGACCUUAGUGGACGCUGUGAAUAACCCCAACAGCACCUUCAACCUCUCUAUUGAUGCUACGUCUGUCACUGUAAUUCAAAUAAACAUGACAUCAAAUUCUACAACUGCACCUCCCACCUUGAAUACUACAGCUAAUGCAAGUAUGAGUACUGCAACCAGAACUCCUCCAACCACCACAAUCGCAGUGGUACCUACAUCACCAGCAGCUGUAACAUCCGAGGCGGUCACAACGAGGCGAUUGACUUUCAGAUCUGCUGGAGAGACAUUUACCACUGACUUGCUGAAUCCAUCAUCUGCAGCGUUUCAAAGAAGAGCCUCAUUAAUCACGUCAACACUUGUACCGUUCUACCAAAGAGCAUUUACUGCGUUCCGCACAUUAACAGUAACUUCAUUCAGGAAUGGAUCAAUCAUCAACAACAUGGACAUUACAUUUGCAUCAGCUUCUGUUCCUAAUGGCACUCAGAUUGGAAAUGUUUUGAUUCAAGCAGCUUCAACCAUCACAGCCUUCAAUGUUGACCUCAACUCCAUUGUUGUGGAUGGCUCACAGGUUUCAAGUGGAGUAAGCCACAAGAUCAGUCUCAUCACUGCAUCCUUCCUCGUACUGUCGUCAUGGAUACUGUCAAACCAGCAAUAGUAUCAUCGCUGACUCCUGUUAGAAAAGCCCUGAUUGUAUGACUGCCAUCACUGGUAUGACAAAUUACUUCUUUAUUCUCGUCCAAGGAACCUUGUACAUCUUUGGAUAAACAUAUUAUCAAAUGUAAUUUUUGCAUUGACCGCACAGCAUAAUGACAGUGGAAUAGAUGUGUCUUUUGAUCUGAACACGUUUGUGGCUGGGAAUGUCCAGGAUCAUGGACCAAAAACAAUAUGCAGUCAAAUUUAAUAAGCCAGAUAGAAUACCAUUUAGCCCUGAGAUGUAAAAGAAACAAUGUUUAUUAGCAAUCCCAAAUCUAAACAAAUACAAAUGCCGAUAUUUGUAUUAUCAUGAUAUGCAUUACUUUGCCUCUUUAUUCUAUAUAUUCAAACAUCACCUGAUAGCUGAAGAGACAAGUCGGUAUUAAUUCACCUUAAAGUAAAACGGAAUCUAGAGCGUUGUUUUGGGAAAUGAUAGUUAUAUAAAAUUUAAUUUAAUAUUUGAUUUUUAAAAAUGUGUUGUUUUGAUAUGUGUGGUCAGGACUUCUACAAUCAUAUCUUUCUCUCUCUACUCACCCUCAAGGUUAGACUUGACUGAAGGUUUGAAUUGACUUUAAAGGAAUGGAAAAAAUGAUUGACAAUAUAUUCUCAAAUGUCGUUAGUGGCCAAAAAGUGUAAAAAUGCAUAAUUCAUCCAUUUAUUCUAUGAGAUUUGUUGUUUUCUUUAUUUUUGUGAAAACCUUUGCAACAAGCAUAAUACAAAAUCUAAAAAAAUGAA